AUGGCUGACCCCCGCGUUGAAGAGCUUCCCGAUGACGAGGUCCCCCGGACCGGCGUCGAGGACGCUGGCAGCUCCUCCGAGUCCGAGGCUGGCGACGAGCCCACCAUCCCCGGCGGCGCUGCUGUCACCAUCCACUCGCGCAACGAGAAGAAGGCCCGCAAGGCCAUUGGCAAGCUGGGCCUGAAGCACGUCCCCGGCAUCACCCGUGUCACUCUCCGCCGUCCCAAGAACAUCCUCUUCGUCAUCAACAACCCCGAUGUCUACCGCUCGCCCUCCAGCAACACCUGGAUCAUCUUCGGUGAGGCCAAGAUCGAGGACCUGAACGCUCAGGCCCAGGCCUCCGCCGCUCAGCAGCUGGCUGCCGCCGAGGCCGCCGGUGGUGACCACGCUGGUCACGACCACGAGCACGCUGAGGGCAAGGGCAAGGAGCCCAUUCUUGGUGAGGCCAAGAAGGAGGAAGAGGAGGAGGAUGAUGGCGAGGAGGCUGACGAGAGCGGCCUCGAGGCCAAGGACAUUGAGCUGGUCAUGGCGCAGGCGAACGUGACCCGCAAGAAGGCCGUUAAGGCGCUGCGGGAGAACGACAAUGAUAUUGUGAACUCAAUCAUGGCGCUCAGCAUAUGA